CGGUAGCUUGCAGUUUUCGGGGGACCUUAAAUGAUGUAACACAAGUCUUGCAUAAUCCAAAGGAGAGAGGCUUUUUUUUUGUUACUGGAGUGACCAUGCUGUGAGAAGAGGAGAUGGCUGGCCGAAUCCCCCUGGUGUUGCUGGCCUGUGGCUCUUUCAACCCCGUCACCCACCAGCACAUGAGGCUGUUCGAGCUGGCCCGGGACCACAUGCACCAGACAGGUCAGUUCCAGGUUGUGGGUGGGAUCGUAUCCCCUGUUAGUGACGUUUAUGGCAAGCAGGGUCUGGCCCCAGCUCGGCACCGCGUUGCCAUGGCGAGACUGGCACUGCGCAGCUCAGACUGGAUCACCGUGGACGACUGGGAGAGCCAGCAGGCGGACUGGACCGAGACUGUCGUCACCAUGAGGCACCAUUACAGCCGGAUCCUGAGGCAGUACCAGCGGAAUACGGGGACGGGCGGAGCCCCGCCCCCAGAUCCCCGCCCCCCUGACGGUGCCGCCCCCCAGCUGAAGCUUCUCUGCGGGGCCGACUUCCUGGACACGUUCAAGGCACCGGGCCUGUGGCGGCCGGAGCACGUGGCGGAGGUGGCGGGCCGCUUCGGCCUGGUGUGCGUGAGCCGAGGCAGCCUGCAGCCGGACCGGGCCGUGCACGAGUGCGACACGCUCUCCCAGCACCGGGCCAACAUCUUCCUGGUGCGCGAGUGGGUCCGUAACGAGAUCAGCGCCACCGAGGUGCGGAGGGCCCUCCGGAGGGGCCUGAGCGUCAAGUACCUGCUGCCGGACGCCGUCAUCGACUACAUCCGCGAGCACGGCCUCUACACCUGGGAGAGCGAGCAGAAGAACAAGGGCGGCGUGCUGCGGCCCCUCGAACUGCAGGGGGCGCCGCCCGAGACGCUGGCCGACUGACGCCAGUGAGAACUGACUGCGUGGGGUUAUUACUCAGCUUCUGGCCUGAGUGUUUACUUUUUUGCUGUGUGGACUUUGAUAUCACUUCUCCCCCUGUCGCAUUGUUAUGUGUUGUGGGUAGAGGAUUGUGGCUGAAUGGAACCACUUGAGUUGCACAUAUUGUUUUCAAACAAUCUCAUCAUAAAGACACUUUCGGACCUGAUGGAUUUUGCCUUUUGUCUUCCCCAUUUAUAGCAGUGUGUUAGGGUGUUGUGUGGGUCUUCAACUGCAUGAAUCAAAACAGUCCGUUUACACAAUGAUUUUUACUGCCACAACACACAUCAGCACCAGAAGUCUGUCCUGGGUGUGUCCUCACUUAGAGAGAGGAUCCUUACAAUAAAGCAGACAGUCUUUGGCCUGCAAAUCUGCUGUCCGUAUUGAGCUGGGAAAGAAUUCUAAGCAGGUGCUGGUUAGAAUGCAUCUGCUACCUGAAAGCA